AUGCGUUUUUUGUUUGUAAUCUCUUUUUUCCCAUUAGUGAUCCAUACUUUUGGUGAUGGGACCCACAAAAACUAUUACUAUACUAACCUCGGAGCUCCGCCGGAUAAUGAAACUGUAAUCCGAACCAAGGUUAAACGAGGGAUCUGCCUUCGAGACCACGAUUUCAUCUGCAACUCACAUAAUCCCAAUCUAACUUGCACUUGUUACCAAUACGAUAGUUCCAAGGUAAUAUCCCCUGCUGACUUAACCUAAUGUAACUUUUCCUUUUUAGCCUUUACAGUACGCAAAAUGUGAUCAGAAGUUCCAACUGAUGGAUCCCUCAACAAAUGUCUUGAGAUUCAAAUCCCCAAUGCCCGCCCAUCCUCGAUACAUCGAUUUUGUCGAUGAAAUGUUUGUUAAGGUGAUAGCCGAUACAGCUGCUAUCGAUAAAGUAAGUCUACACAAUUCAAAACAUUUUUCAGAGUAAUAUUUUCAUAUUGAGAAAAACAUGUAACUCCCGAUUCAUGUAUCUCUACUUUGGAAUCAUUCACGAUCUUAGCGAGGUCGACUUCAAUAAUAUCAGAAUGAUGGACACCAGUUACAUCACUCCCAGAAUCUUCCUCAGUAAUCGAAAUCUGAUGGAACAAGUUUGGGUCCCAGCUCAAGCCAUUGAUAAAGUAAGAUGAGAACUUUGUGUCUUAUAUGUCUUCCUUCAUAGAUCACUUCUUUGCCGGAGGUCGUUUGUCAGAAAUGCGAAUGGUAUCGACAGAACAUGCCCAAUACUGACAUAGAUACCCAGACCAAGAAAGCCAUGUUGGAAACAAGUAAAAAGGAGACAUUCUGGGUCGAAGAUGAAGAAGAAAAGAAGACCCCAGGUCUCACAAAUUCACACAUAGCUAUGAUAGUGGGUGCAAGUGUACUGUCCUUACUCCUCUUAUCCAUUUUGGGCUUCUCCCUUGUCAACUAUUUCUGCAAAAAGAACACCUGA